AUGGACGGGCGCGAUGAGCAGCUGGCUAACGUCGAAGUUGCCGUGCUCUCUGUCAUUUUUUUCCUCGCUCUCGUGGGCAAUGGCUUGAUGCUAUGGGCUCUACCAAGACGUCCAGCGUUCGCAUACAUGAAACGCCUGUGCGUGGCAGACACAUUGGUCGCCAUCUUCAACAUCCUCCCUCAACUCGCCUGGGAUGUCACCUAUCGCUUCCGGGGUGGCAUGUUUCUCUGUAAGCUCAUCAAGUACCUGCAAGUCUCGGUCCUGUACCUGUCAUCUUACACGCUAGUGUCGUUGACGGUAGACCGUUGUCUGGCGCGCCCGUCGCUGGUCUUGGUCGGGAUGCCCUGGGUGCUCGCGGCAUUCUUUGCGAUACCGCAGAUGUUUGUGUUUGCUAUGCGUCAAGUGCGACCGAGUAUUUAUGACUGCUGGGCCUCGUUUGAAGGACCGUGGGCAGAAAGGUUGUACGUAGUGUGGUUUGUAGUGUCGGUGUUUUUGGGACCCGCUCUGGCGACGGUAGUCUGCUACGGUACGCUGUGGUAUCGGGUAUGGCGGGCCAGGUUGCCGCUGCUCAGCACUGUUCGAAUCACGCUUGUCCUGAUCGUCUGCUUCGUCGUCUGCUGGAUACCUUUCUCUGUAACGCAGCUUUUGGUGACAUUCUCCAAUGAUGCGCACGAAGCCUCACAGGGCCCUCUGGUGACCAUCUUCCUCCUCCUGGCCAGCCUCAACAGCUGUACCAAUCCGUGGGUGUAUCUGGUCCUCAGUCCAGCAUUACGUAACCGGCUACGUCACCUCUGCCGGGUUGACCGAAACCAUGAACCCGAAGACAGCGACGAAGCCUCGGACGUGACUGCUACCGUCGCACAACAGACGUCGGAAGCCUUGUGAUUGCAACGAUUGCUCAAUAAAUACGACACAUUUCA